AUUAGACUUUUAGCUAGAAAAAUACAACGGGAAAUUAGCGACGGAAGCCAGAAAAAUGGAUGCUUUUGCUGUCUGUCUCAAAAUUACAAAUCUCCAUCCUUCUACCGUAUCAUCAUGCUCCGCCAUUCCCUUCAGUUCGUUGCAGUAUUCCUCUGUGUAUCUAUUACCAAUGGUCUUGGGGGAGAGAUAGCUACCUUUCAAACUACACCCGCAACUCCGGACCUCGUCAGUCACAGGCAAGAUGUCUGCGACAGAUUUGAAAAGUACCGUUCUGGAGAGGUUGGACUACGGAAUGCCCUUUCGGGCCUAUCAUUGAGACCUGCUUUUACACACACUGUUGUUGGCAACCCUUUUUUCAAAUACAGUGCCGAUGAGGGCAUUGACACGAAGAAUCCAGGAUUAAGGACAGAGCUGAUGGAUGCGAUCGCAGAACGUGCCAAUUUCACUUGGCGAAACUCCUUUGGGGUCAUUGAUGCUGCUCCCAGUAGCUAUAACAUGACAUGGACAGAAAUGUUGAUAUGGAUGGUGGAAAAUUAUGACAUGGCAAUGGGGGAUUUUGAUCAUACUGUGGAAAGAAUGGAGCGAGGUGUGACUUUCCCAGAGCCAUUCUCGGAUGGCAGCUACAUCUUGAUUGAUAGGCAACGGUCUCUGAGGGAAACCAAUGAUGUGGAUCCGCUCAAUUGGACCAAACCAUUUGAACCGGCAGUUUGGGGGAUGAUUGUUUUGACGGUUGUUCUGUCUGGACUUGUCUACCAGUUCAUUGAGCACCUCAGCGGAGAACGAGAAGACAGAUCUCUGUACCAGUGGUUCUCGGACAACCUGUAUCUCAGUGCCAUCAAUUUCUCCCAAAACUUUGAAUAUGCUCCCAACAGUCUAGGGGGAAGAAUAUAUGGGGUCAGCAUGACGAUUUGGGCACUUGUUAUCGUUGCGACGUACACUGCCAAUCUGGCCUCUCUAUUUGUGGAAUCCAGGGUAGAACCUGUUCUGGUGGAUUCUAUGGAGGAAGCUGUUGUUUAUGGCUACCCUGUGUGUACCUAUGAGAAUACCAAUGCAGAGUUCUUCAUCAAAGAAGUAUUCCCAAAGGCAAAAGUGGUACCCAGAAAAGAUGACAAAGCCUCUUUCACAUCACUGAGAAAUGGUGAAUGUGCCUUGGCGGUAUUAUCAUUGGAUUCUUGGCUUACUUAUCAGGUCAAUGAGGAGUACAACCCUGACUGUGAUUUGGAAUGGGUGGGCGAAAAGAUCAAGACCAUCAAGGCUGGAUUUGCAAUGAAGGCUGAUGUUGGACACAAAUGCAGCGGUUUGGUUCGACACGUAAUCAAUUUACAUAUGGUUGAGCUUGUUGAAGAUGGAGUCGUGGAGGAGCUCUGGAGAAAACAUAGAGAAAAGGUAGAUGAUGGCAUGUGUUCAUAUGAAGAUGACGAGGAAUCAGACAGGCGGCGCUUGCUCCACAUGACCCAACAGGCGGUGUCGCACAGCACCCGUCCUGUGCAUAGGAGACUGAAGGGUGGUGGCAGGGCAUCAUCAUCAACCGAGGAUGGUAUUGAUGCGGAUACCCUGACACUUCAGCAAAUGGCUGGGACCUUCAUUUUUCAUUAUGGAGGCAUGGCUGUUGCUCUUUUGGUGAGUCUGAUUGCCGCCUAUGCCGAGAAGCUGAAAUGCUUCCACUCAGAAGGCAAGGUGUAUGAGAAAGUUACAAGCAGGACACAUGGACCAGUCAUUGGGCUUCCACCACCAGUCAAUACUUAUGUGGUCCGAGAUGUCAAAGAAGAAGGCGCCUCGGACAACAAUGCUGGUGACAGCGAGAACGGUAGUGGGCAGCAAAACGAACCUGUGGACGGCGGCUGCGAUAUCAGUCAUCCAGAGAUGGUUGCAAAACAGCAAGCCCUAGAGGCCAAACUUGACAGAGUCGAGAGUACAAUGAACGCCAAAAUGAAUGCAAUGCAAAUGGCUCUGGAUGUUCAGACGGAUAUGAUUCGACAACUAUUGAAGGGUCCCUACAAUGAACACUUUGCUUGAGUUGGUUGUACUCGUGCAUGUGUUUGCUGGCUGGUUGGCUAGCAGCUGUACUAGUGGCAGCUCCUAUAGUUUGUAGGUUUGUAUUGGUACAUGAAGAAAACAGUAGCUUGGAUUUGGAUGUUUCAGUGCAAGAAUUUGUUACAUGUAUUGGCUGGACUAGCAAAGCAAUAGACCCACGAUGCUCGAGAAAGCACUGCACGAGUGUCCGUCGUGGCUCGGUUCACCUCAAACCAAAAACAGCCGGUGCUAUCUUGAUCCUUGUUUUGGCUGAAAAGCAAUGUAUGUACAACGACAGACAACAAUAACGACGAUUACGCGAGAAAGGACUGCACGAAUGCCCGUCGUGGCUUGGUUCGCCUCGAACCAAAAGCACCUGGUGGUACUAGUACCUCGAUCCUUGCUUUGGCUGAGAAGCUACUCCGUACUGGAAUGUACAAUGACAACAAGAACGACGAUGGCACGCAGGAAUAACUGUUCGUAGAACCCGCAUCGUGAAAUCUACUUGGGCAUGCAUGCUCCAUGAUCUGCUUUUUGGAACGAUAGCCUACUGUUGCUGUUGUCACAUUUUGCUCCAAGCACUGCACGAGGAAGCUCGAGCCACGUGUCCAAAUCAAGAUUGUUGGUUGCAACGCGUUGAUUACAGACACGGACGACGAGGACGGCACGGAGCUUGUAGCACCGGUACAGGUACGAGCUAUGAGUAUGUCGCGACACCUACUUUCCCUUCCUCUUCCGUGAUCUUUUUUUUAGGUACAAGCAACAGUCACUUUUGCUAUCGUAUUAUCUUCUUUUUGUGGCUGGGGUAGGGUCCUGAUUCCCCUCUGACAUGCGGAAGCCAGAGACUUGAGCGCUCGAUGCUUGUACCGCCGUUAGUGCAAGAAUAGCCAGCCACAUUCAGAUCAUCAUUGGACUACAAAACCCCAAAAGCAGCCUUCGCUCAAGAACUCACAUGCACAGCUCAUGCACAGUGCAUAUCCUUUCGGCACGCCCGUAGCCUGGACGAACAUACCCUUUGCUAGCUUGGUCGUCCGCGAGUGGUUGGACGAUCCUGUCACGUUGCUUGAGGUUGCCGUGAGCAGCCAACAUCCAAUCAGAGUAUUUGAAGUGCUUGAACAGCAGUCGCACCUCGCUCACCCUCGUAUUACCGCGUUUCAAAACCAUUAAACUCUCCACCCCAUGUGUCUGUACCGUAUGGGUCCUCUAUGGCUCCGUUCAGUACCGGUAUAGUACCUACAAGUACAACACAGUCGCACCUCAGCCUCGCGCCGUACGGUACCGAUACCAUGGCCGCACCUCAGCUGGCACCGGUCGGGUAUCGUGACAUCUACUUCGGCAUGCGUGCUCCUUGAUCUAAGUUUUGGAACGGUUCUGUAGCUGCUGUGGGCACAUUCUGGCUCC